CUUCAUGGCGUCCCUGGGUUCCCUGGAGGCGGAGGCAGCGCCGGCCCGGGCUGCACCUAGGCAAGGCGGGGAAGCGGGUUUGCUGCUUCUUGCCUUGGCUCGGCUUGGAAAGCAGGAGUUCCCGGGCCGGGUGCCAAGGCGACGGCCUCUCUGGGAACAAGGUUCACCUGGCUGUGGCCCGGGAGAGGGAGGAGGAGGAGGAGGAGGAAGKAGUGGCUGGAGGAAAUCCCAGCGCAGCAGAAGCAAAGCGAAACCCACAAGGCGCUGGCCAAAGGGUCCCAAGGAGAGCUCGCCAGAAGGUCUGCUUCGGUGGGGCUCCGUGAAGGGGCGAUGGCCCCACGAUCCUGGCAGGCCUUCUUCCUUCUCCACCUUCUUCUCUUCUGGUCUGCAUAUGGAAUGGUGCCAGAGCCUCAAAAUGUACACCUUCAUUCUGUCAUGUUGGAUAGUGUUCUAAAGUGGGAUCCACCUGAUUUUCACAAGGAAAACCUGGUUUACACUGUUCAAUACAAAACAAAGUUUAGUGAUGUGUUCAGUGAUAUGUGCCGAAGAAUUGUCUUCACAAAGUGUAAUGUGUCAAAUAUACCUGUAUAUGGUCCUUCCACUAUACAAGUCAGAACUGAAUUUGAGAAUGAAUACUCAAAAUGGGUGAAUAUCACCUUUACACCAAACAGACAGACACAUAUUGGGCCACCUGCUAUACAAGUUGAAGCCACAAAACCUGGAGUCCUGAAUGUACAGCUCAUAGAACCUAGAUUUACACGCAAUGCUGGAAACCUUUCCUUGAAGGAGUUCUAUGCUUCUGUGAUUUACAGGAUUAGAAUCUGGAAAAAAUAUCACAGUACUGAACAGGUUCUAGAAGUAAACACAACUGACACUUUCCAAGUAAUACAUGACUUGGAUCCUAUGACAACAUAUUGCCUCAAGGCUCAAGCAGUUAUUGAGGAGUUGAAUAAAGAUGGACAAUGGAGUGAACCCAUUUGUACCAAUACAACUGGCAUAGAUUUACAUCCAGGAUUACUGACUGUUGCCAUACUGCUAGUGUUGAUAUCAUUUCCUUUCUUCUCCCUUAUAAUUUUUUACAUUUAUCGACGGAUCAAGUAUGUCUUUUUUCCUUCAUAUUCUUUGCCACAACAUUUUAAAGAGUUUUUAAGCAAACCUUCAUAUGGUUCACAGUUUCUUAUGCCUCACUCACAAGAAGAAGAGCACGUCUACAACAAGAUAAUUGUCCUCUCUGAGGAGUCAAAACAUAUUGCUAAUGAAUGCAAGAAGCAAUUGAGCAAUGCAGAACAGCAGCUUAAACAAUCCCCGGAGGAAAACUAUAAGCCUAAAGGAGGUCCAGACUGUAUAUCUUUGAUACACACUUAAAUCAAGAAGGAAUAAUAUAAUGCUCUUUCGGGCUCUCGGUUGCACUUACAAAGCAGGACUGCAUACUUUGCACAUUGCAAAUGUCAAAAUUCUUAUGCUUAUACAAUGUUUUUUUAAUUUUUACAUAAAUAUUUAUUUUGUUACAAGAUAUUUGGUAAGAAACGUGUGUAUACAAAUAUAUAUUUGAAAGUUUAUUUACACAAAGUCAGUCUUGUAUUUUAGAAUGACAAAGUGUUAAGCAAGUUCUUCUUAAAUGACAGUUUACAAUUCCAAAUUCUAUUUAUUAGAGUGGAUGUGUAUUGUGUUGUGUUGUACAGAAUAGUUUAAAUUCAUGAGAUAAAAUUAUUUCUCUGUUAUACCUUUACACUGAACUUUGUUUCCUAUCCCAUAUUUGCUUUUUUAUGUCAGUGAUAAAUAUAUUCAGGAACAUUAGCA